AUGCUACUCUGCUUAUUUCUCCUUAAUCUUUUCGUAAUCACUGAAUCAUUGGAUCCAAUUGUGCAGACGAAAUUCGGAAAGAUUUCUGGCAGCUCAACGAAAGGAACAAAUGGAACGGAAAUUUUCGAAUUUCUCGGCGUUCCCUAUGCAAAGGCGGCAGUUGGGAAACGGAGAUUUGAGAAACCAGAAUUCCCAGACUCUUGGCAAGAGGUAAAAGCGACAAAGAAGUAUUCUGAUAUUUGUCUCGCAUGCAGCAGAACAUUCUUCAAAGCGCGCUACGUGGCGACGAUGAGCGAGGAUUGUUUAACAUUAAAUAUUUGGACUCCAUCAAUAAAUAAUUGCAGUGAUCGCUUUCCAGUUCUCUUCUAUAUUCAUGGUGGCUCGUACUAUGCGGGAUCAUCACAAAAUUUCCCUCAAGACGCGGCUAGAGGGUACGCAAGUCACGGAAUGGUGGUCGUUUCGAUCAACUAUCGACUCGGGCAAUGGGGAUUUCUAACGUUAAACGAUUCGCAGAUUGCCCCGAAUCUCGGGCUAUGGGAUCAAAAUUUAGCGCUUCGUUGGGUGCACGAGAAUAUCGAGGCGUUUGGGGGAAACAAAAGUCAUAUCACUUUGUGGGGCGACUCAGCGGGAGCGUCUUCAGUCAGUCAGCACUCGAUGUCGAGAUAUUCACGGGAUCUUUUCCAUCAAACAAUUCAAAUGAGCGGCUCAACGUAUGCGGCGUUCGCUCGCGGCACGAACACAAUCGCUUCAACGAAAGAAUUCAUUGAAAGAGUCGGAUGCGCAAAUCGAUUUGAUGUGAAAGGAUGCCUCCAAUCAAAACAAGUCGACGAUUUCUAUUCGUUGAACGGAACCGAAUUGCAAAUGUGCUGGACGAAUCGUCUCGCCUACACGAAAUUCGCGCCAAUAUAUGAUGGCGACUUUUUGCACGACGAAAACGAGGCUUUUGAAACUGUAGCCCUUUCAUUGAUAAAACCAUCAAUCAUUGGUUUCACUCAAAAAGAAGGACGAUCAUUUGUAUUGAGCAAUUGGGCUCCGUUUUCCAAGGACAUUGAGAAGAUCAAAGACUCGUACACGAAUGAAUCCCUUUAUGAAUUCAUUGAGAAAUGGGUGACCAAUACAGGUUUCAACGAAUCAGAGAAACAAAACGCGACAAGAGAGAUUUUUGAUUUCUUUUCUUCAAAAGCGAAAGGAGUUGAAGAUCAUUUUUAUUUCAUUGAGCAAUUUGUUCGGAUCUUCUCUGAUUUCAUGUUCAAUAUUCCGGGAAUGCGAGAAGCUUUUUUGAAGCAGCAAGUCGGCUAUCCGAUUUAUGUUUUCUUGCUAGAGCACAAUCACAACUCUUGGUCAAAAACAUAUCCAGUACAAGGUUCAACCCACUCCGAUCAAUAUCCUUUCCUAAUGGGAAAUGGUAAUUUCAAUUAUACACAAGACGAUUUAACGGUUAAAUGGCUGCUGCAAGAGGCUUGGAUUCUAUUUGUGAAAACUGGAAAUCCAAGCACAGAAAUGAUGGAAUGGCUAGAGUUUGAUGAGUAUUUCUCCUAUUUAAACGUUAAACCGAAUCCCGAAAUGGAGUCUGGCCUUUUCUCGGAUAGUUAUCGCUUUUGGACGAAUCGAAUGCUGAAGUAUUCAUUUGAUUUCAUUAUGCAAGAGAAAUGGCAUAUGAACUUUGAGAAA